GCCACGUUCGAAGUCGAGGGCGGCGAGGGCGGCUGUUCGACGUGAGAUGACGCGCAUUUGCUGGCCGCGUGGCGCGCGAUCAGCUGAAAAGCCUCUGAUUUGGCCCUGUGCCACCCGGCCUUGCGUUAGUGGGGCUAUCUGAUAUAAUCUACUUUCUAAGUAGCGUGUAUAUAUAGCAACGUGUGCCGGUUACCCGCACACCAAGUGAGACCGCGUUCCCUGGUGAGACGGUGUGUUCCCUGGAAAAUAGGCCGUGCGAAGCCAUGGCAGAGCAGAACCCGGCGGCCACGAGUAAUAUCGACGGCAUUAUGCAAACCAUCGAGACCAACCACGAUGAGGCCUUCCUGUACGUGUCUCAGGGACUCAGCUACGAAGAAAAAGGCGAAAACGCCCUCGCGACCGAGAUGUACUACAAGGCGCUCGAAAAGUUAGCCAACGGCUUAAGCCCCUACGUCGACCACCCGAGUUGCAAGGGUCCGCAGUGGGUCAAGGCACGCAGCAUGCAGCGAAAGAUGCGACACAUUAAGGACGAGGUUGAGUUUCGGCUUAUCGCCAUCGAAGCAGCCGGCGGAGCGCCUCUGUAUGCCGACAGGCCACCCACAUACGACGAGGCGACCAGCGCGAAUACUGCCCACCCACCGAGGAGAGAAGCGGAAGAGCUAUUCUGUAUCGAGUCUGGUGUUCAGAUCUUCUAUGUCUCUGCUGGAGGAGGGGUUGAGGCACCACCUGAGCCAACCGAUCUCCAUGUAUACCGUUUGCCGGGCAGACAGGACGCCAUGUUUCCUGAUGAGAAAGCCCCACUGCCAUGGCUACAAGUGGGCUCAUGGAUUUACCCCUUGGUACCCAAACAGUCCCCGGCCUUGAAGUCGGGCUUUGGAGCCUACCUCUUUCCCAAUAUAGAUGCACCCCUGAAAGAAUCGAGUGCAUCUGUAGGAGUCCUGCUUCCUGCCGACCUGCCUGCCGAGAUGAUCUCGCUUUUUGAGUCUCUCAUGGAAGAGCUUACUGCCAUGAAGAUAGAAGUCCUUGAUGACUCAUGCUUCACAAAGUGUGACCCAGAAUCUUUCUUGAGCCGGUUUCGUCGGUCUACUUCUUUCAGCCAGCAGGUUUCCGACACCAUUGUAGCAGGCUCAGAGGCCUUGUCCAAGGGCUUGACCAAGGGUGCCAUGGUGACUGGUGAAGCUCUCAAAAUGGGCACAGCACGACUCAAGGAGUACCUCAAGCCUGACCCCCAGCCGUUGGCAGUGGACCCCAGAGUGAAGCAGGGGCUUGAGAUCCUGCGUACUGUCACAGGCUCUGCUCGCAAUGUCACUGAGCUUGUUGCCAACAAGGUGGGCGAGCUGACGGUGAAGGUGGCGAAAAUGGUGGCCUCAAAUGUGUCCUGUGAAAACUGCGUCGCUGGUCCACCGGAUCUGCCUUCCUCGAGCAGGGACAAAGUGCAGAGCGCACUCACCAUUGCCAAGGGUGGCAUAGUAGGUUUGUCAACUGUGUAUGUUGGCUUGGAAAAUGCAGCAAAGAUUUUGGCUACCAGCCUUGCCAAUGAGACUGUUGAGGUCGUUGGCCACAAGUAUGGAACAGAUGCAGCACAAGUGGUGGACAAUGCCAUGAACUCUGUCACCAAUGUCACCAUGGCCACUUAUGCUUUCCGUGGUAUAGGGUUGAAACCGAUCGCAAAACGCACUGCAAAAGAAACUGGAAAGGCGAUUCUUCAGGAAUAUGUGAGCAGCCUUGAAGCACAAGGAAACUUUAGGGAAAGUGCAGCUUUACGCAAAAACCUAGAAAUGCAAAAGUCUUAAAAAAUCUUCUACUUUUACACCUUUUGUGUCGCAUCUGCUAAAAUGGGAAAGGUGAACUUUAAGAAAAACUAAAGCAACAUUUUUUUUUCUUUAGUUGGCCUGAAGAGCAACUGUUAUAAUUCACCCUGCAAGUUUUGUUGUCUUAAGAGUCUCGUGGAGUGCCAAUGCAGUGUGUAUGAAUGACGUUGCACUGUUUUGAUUUUGCCUGGCAAAACUUUAAUGCCUUACACACUCUGUGAUGUGCCUUUUAGUCAUAUCUUUGUUGCUUCACUUCUGCCCUUCAGCUGAAACAGAAGGCAGCUGGGAACGCACAAGAUGUUUCGGAGGAUUCCCUAUCGGACCUUUGAAACCUCAACCACUGGGUAAACUCACAACUGGGUAAACUGGUGCUUUCAUAAAAAGUCAUGUGCUUAAAAUAUGGAGUGAUAUGUGUAUACUGUAUAUGACAAAUACGAAUGUAUGAGACAAUCAAUGUGACAGUGCGGGCUGUUUUAGAGAUGUAUUUUUUUGAAAAAUAAAUAAAUGAAUAAAUGCUAUUCCAAAGUGGUCA